CCCCUCCCCGAUGUAGGACAGGUUCGUGUAGCGGGGGCCCACAUCAAAAAUCUGGCCCUUAACAGACUCGGCCUUGGGACCCGCAGCUGCGGGCGCUCCAUCCUGCGCCACCGUGCCAGCCGCCCCGGCAGCAGCAGCAGCGCUGUUGGAGCCUGCGGCCCCGACCGCUGCGGUGCUGCUCGAAUCCGCCAUUCUUCCUCUCCAAACCGCUCCUGCUCGGAAACGAGUGCGACGGCUGUAACCACACCCCUUUUGCUGACGUCACCGCGUCGGGCGGUGCCUAUCAUGGGCGGUGCACUUCCUGGUUACUUAGUGCUGCAUGUUGUGGUUGUUACUAUUGAUGUCUCAAGGAAUGGUACAUUUCCUCCUGCGGCGACACUGGAUCGGCCAGAUUCGUCUAGCGCUUACUCUUUUCGGACUCCCAUGCACCGUCUGCACCCCUGGAGUUAGACCUGCCAUCUCCUGCUCAUCUUCUCACCCUUUCAGGACCAGUCAAACCACCAGACCCAUCAGUACCAGUUUCUGUAACCUUUACACGACUAGUGUCCAGACAAUGCCAUCUUCAGCAGCGCCUCAUGUCAAGUCCAGAUGCCUCGAGUACCCAGGGUCAAAAAUCCAGCGCUUCCUCGUGCCUGAUGACAAGGUGGACUGGAGUCAGAACUGGCCGCAGUAUAAUCCAGUCAGCUACACCGACCCUUCAGUUUUAAAUAAGCCAGCAUGGGCGGAUCCUGAUAUUGGCUCUUUCUCUCCAAAGUUCAACACUGUGGAUGGGGCUGUGGAUAGGACAAGCUUUGACGGCAGCUACAAAAUAGAAGAGGGAAAGCCACUAAAUCCUCAUGGACGCACAGGGGUGACUGGUAGAGGUUUGCUGGGAAGAUGGGGACCCAAUCACGCAGCAGAUCCCAUUGUCACCAGAUGGAAAGUAGAUGCCACAGGAGAAAAGAUAUAUCACUCAGUCUCCAAGCUGCCUAUUCUGCAAUUUGUGUCCAUCAAGAGGAAAGACUGCGGGGAGUGGGCCAUUCCCGGGGGGAUGGUAGAUCCAGGGGAGCAGGUCUCUCUCACGCUGCAGCGGGAGUUCUCAGAAGAAGCCUUGAACACGCUGGCCAUUCCGCCAUCGGAGAGAGCAAAAAUCAGUGAACGCAUCAAUAAACUCUUCAAAUCGACAGGGUUUCAGGUCUAUAAAGGCUAUGUGGAUGAUCCUAGAAACACUGACAAUGCUUGGAUGGAGACGGUGGCUGUCAACUUUCAUGAUGACUCAGGCAACAGCGUGAGCGAGCUGCCGCUCCAAGCUGGCGAUGACGCAGGACAAGUCCAGUGGGUUGACGUUGACUCGUCCUUCCUGCUCUAUGCGAGUCAUUCCCAUUUCCUGGAGCUAGUUUCCAAAGAGAGAAAAGCUCACUGGUAACCAAGGGCGACCGACUCUACUUGGACAUGACGAUGAAGGAAACCUUAAGAGCCUUGUUGCUCUCCGUGUGCUAAGGAUGCAUGACACCUAACCUAAAUCUAAACAUAGUUAUUGUAGUUGUAAUACUGAAAACCUAAUA